AUGGCGGCGGCGGCGGCGGCCGGGCCGGGAGCGGCGGGAGCGGCCGGGGCGGCCCCGGCGCGGGGCGUCCGCGCCUGGCUGCGGAGCGCCUUCCGCUUCGCCACCGACCGCAACGACUUCCGCAGGAACCUGCUGCUGAACCUGGGGCUCUUCGCCGCCGGGGUCUGGGUGGCGCGGAACCUGACCGACAUCGACUUGAUGGCCCCGCAGCCCGGCCCGUAGCUCCGGAAGGAGCCGGAGCUGCCGGGAGCAGAGCUCGCCCUCCCGCCAGGACCGGAGCCGUGGAGCUGCUCUGAUCCCACCUGGAGCUGCUCUGAUCCCACCUGGAAUUGCUCUGGUCCUUCUGGAGCUGCUCUGAUCCCACCUGGAGCUGCUCUGAUCCCUUUGGAGCUGCUCU